AUGGAGCCGGCAGCCCGGCACCCGCUGCGCAACCGCGGGAACAUCGCGUACCGAGGGAGGCACGGCCGUCCAGAUGGCCUCCAGCCUGAACAGCCUCAGACGCCGCGUCACGCUGACACGGCCCCAAAAACCCCUCCGGGAGCGGGGGGCCGCCGCUUCCCGGCCGCCUCCGUUCUGCGUGCGGCCACGGCUCACCGCCGAACCCCCGAGCGCGGCGGAGCUCGGUCGCCGUCCCGCCUGGGUAAAGCCGGCUCCAGCGGCAGAAGCGGCGCAGCCCGGCAGCCGCCCCACGGCCCCACGCUCCCGCCGCCCCGUCGCGCUCGCUCGCCCCCACCCCGACGCCGCGGCCCCGCCGGGUCCCUCCGACUCACAGCCUUCCGCCGCGGCUUCCGCUGGCUGCUCCCGGCGGACGGGCGGCCGCGCUCUAUAUGCGCUGAGGUGCGGCCCCCGGCCCGGGGAACUCCGAGGGAGCGUCAGGGCCGGGAAGCCGCUGGAAAGCCCCGGCGGCGCGCAGCGCAUGCGCCGCACGGCGACAGGGCGGGGCGUCCGUCCGUCCCGUGCCGGCCGUGGCGGCGGCUCGCGGCCUCCGGGCUCCGUCCCCCCGAGCCUCGUGCGCUUCCUCCUUCGCCCCCCGAGCUGCCCGGACCCCCUCAGAGCCGCCGCGUCCCCGCUGCCCGUUUGCUGAGCGAGGAGCGGUGCCGCACGGCGCUGGGCGGGACGCCGGGUGCUUUCCUGGCGCGUUGCCAAGUUACGGGCUGCUGUGGGAGAGGCCGAGUGGUGACCGCCUGCGCUUCGGUCGCUGAAAGUCACGGGGGAACAACGGGAGGAAGGCAAAACCGAGUGCGAAUUUCCACCAGCGUGUGUCAGCGCGUACAGAAAGCUGAAGAACUUCCGCAGCGGGUGCUGCCAGAUCGUGGUAUGACAUUUCCUCUGAAGAAACAGCAAGCGGAAGGUGAAAAAGCCCCGCUUUGUGUGUGUGGUGUCAGAAUGAUGGCAGGGCGCUCGCAUCGCUGAGAGCUGCAGCGUAGAAACGCAGCAGGCAUAACGAACCAUUGCUAAGGGUUCGUUAUGACGCUGCCGGGUAAUCUCUUGUGGCUGUUCCUGUAAGGUGGAUUUGUGGACGAUUCAUCUCUUUUCUAAAAUGGGUUCCAAUUUUCUGUCACGUGUGAUGACAUUAAUAAUAUGUCGGAUUUCGAACGUGUAUAGCUGCAGUCAGGUAGUUCUGAAGCACCAUUACAUUUCACUUUACUCCAGACAUCGGAAAACUUCUCAUUUCAGCAGUUAAUUCAGAAAAAGCUUUUAAAAGUAAAUUUUUUAUCAGAUCCCCGAGGUGUCACCUUAAGGAGGCUCCUGGCAUUCAGAAGACAACACUGUUGCUGGAAAAAUGGAGAUAACUCCAGAAGUGCCGUAUCUGAAGGAGGAUCAGGUGUGGGAUUUCACAUCUGUUGGACACAGGGAAUUCAGUAUCACAUAAGGAACUGAGCUCUGUGUGUGCAUGUGUGUAUGGUUUAAAUUCUGCUUUCGUGGAGCAAGAUGGGGAUGCUCCCAGUUUCCAUACUUCAAGCAGGCAUUCCCAAAUGAAGUUAUACUGAAUCCGUUUCUAUCCAUUCCAGGAGGCUUCUUGACGUUCUCCCAAAGCGAAAUAAUUCAGUGUUCCUCCUUAAUUCCAUACUGCAGCUUCCUGCCUGUGCCAUCCCAGCCACAUCCCUGCCCUUUGCUCCUCCAUACCCUUUGGCCUCCUCCGGAUCCUGCAAUAGAAACUGCCAUUUCCUCCCCUCCCAGGCCUUCAGGCAAGCAGUUUCAGGCUCUGUCUUUCUGCUAGGCAAGCAUCAUGUUGCAAUAAGGAAGGAGAGAGGGGGAGAAAUAGAAAAGCAGGCUAAAGCACAUAUAAUAGCAGAAAUAGUGUAGCUGGCCUGAGCUGCCAGCCCUCUUUUGCUUGCUCUGACUCUUGAGAAUAGUAGCAGCUACCCUAGUUCUCCUUUCCCAGCAUUUCCUUUGCAAUUACAAGGAAAAGAGACGAGGGAGCUUUUCCUGCCUUCUUAGUGAUGGAUGGUCCUUUCUUCAAAGGAUAUGAGAUAACUAAAGGUUUAUUUUUAGAACUAAAAUUCGUGAGGUGUGAUGCAUUAUCAGCAGCAUCCUGAGUCUAGCUUCAGCAUCAGGCAAGGGAACUCCAAAGGCAGGGAGAGAAGCACAGCAAUGCUUCAAAUGGAUACAAGCUGACAGCAGUAGGCUUGAACUUUGCUUCUGAGCCUGUGGCACUGCAUGAUGGGGCUGUCCCUUCCACCUGCAGCCUCAGACUUCAAAGAUCACAAUUGGACUGAUAAACGAGAUGCUUUACUCUGCAGAUUCUUUGCUCUGGAGAAGGGGCAAAGGCUGAUAAAGCUCUCCUCAACUAAAAAGAAUCCUGCUUUCUGAGCAAGUCCCAUGCACUCAUAGAGGUCACAGUGUUAAUGAAAGCGUGACUGCCACAUUACCAGUGCUUGCGAAAAUAAACCUAAUGACAGUGUUGACUGAAAUAGCGAAGGUGAUAUAGCUGGUUUCUGGAGGCGGAACACAGUGACCCUGCAGCAUAUGUGCAUUAAGAAUGCCAGCAAUGAGUAGGUUGGACAGCCCAAGAAGCAUCUGAUACAACUGCACAUCCAGAAAUCUUCUCCAGGGGGCCUGAUGAAUGUAAAUCUGCCCAUGCUGCGAUUCUUCUCUGGUCUGU